GUGACCAUGCAUCAAAUCAAGAAAAAUUCCGCUUAAUUUUUCUAAUUUUCCUCCAAAAUUUCCUCCCUUUAGCUCGCCCUCCAGCUGUCUACCAUGACAGAACAAGGAAAGGGAGAAUUGGACAGCGUUGCAAGUUGUUCAAGUAAAAGUGAUGAAAAAGCUCUACCAGAUGCUAUUCGCACCACAGCUGUUGCAAUCAAUCUUUGUCUGUCAAAUAAGUUUUACAAAGCACAAAGGAUGCUAGAGCCAUUGGCUAAAGAAAGUAUGUAUCAUGCUCUUGGUUAUGGUACAAUCAUGUACCUUCAGGCUGUCAUGACCUUUGAACCUCAAGCCAUAGAACAGGCAUGUGAAAGUAUCAAGGUUGCAAUGGAUGUGUGCGACAAACAAAGAUAUAAACAAAGCUGGUCAGAGUCACUGAGCAGCUGGAUCUGGAACCCUUCUUAUGAAGGUAUUACUGAAGAAGAAAGGCAUGCUGAACUCUGUUAUGCAGAGUGCUUAUUACAAAGAGCCUUACUUACAUUUAUACAGGAUGAAAAUCUUAUCAGUUUUAUAAAAGGAGCUCUUAAAAUCAAAGCUUGUUACAACUCUUAUAAGACGUGUUUCAAUAUGGUCAUGAAUGAACCAGAAGGUCUUCAGAAAUCACCUCAGAGAAAAGACUUUGAAGGAGGUGUUCACCUUGGAAUUGGUAGCUUCAAUCUGCUCCUUUCACUUCUUCCCACAAGAAUUCUCAAAAUCCUUGAGUAUAUUGGCUUUUCAGGAGACAAGUUUUCAGGUCUGGAGCAUUUGGAUAAAGGUUGUAAAGGAGACAGUCUGAGAUCACCAAUGUGUGCCAUGAUUUUAUUGGCCUAUCAUAGUGUAAUCACUUACUAUUUAGGUAUUGGAGAUGGUGACGUAGAAUAUGCUGAUGAGAUUCUGCAGCCAUUUCUCAAGACUUUUCCUAAGGGUGCCAUUUUUCUAUAUUUUGCUGGUCGUAUUAAACAGGUGCAAGGCCGACUUGAUGAGGCAGAAGAAAGGUACAAUUACUCGAUUAAAGUGCAAUCAGAAUGGAAACAAUUUCAUCACAUUUGUUAUUGGGAGCUCAUGUGGUGUUACAGUUUGCAGCAAAACUGGCCCAAGGCUUUUCAUUACGCGUCUAAUUUAUUGAAAGAAAGUCGGUGGUCAAAGACAACCUACAUGUACUUGAAGGGAUCGUUCAGACUCAUGGCCCGAAUAACUGGACAGCAAAUCGCUAAAGAAGAUGACAACGGCAAAGAGGACACUGAGGAGUACAUGUUCAGACAUUUGCCAAAUUAUAAACAAAGGAUUGCUGGCAAAUCUAUUCCAUUUGAGAAAUAUUCCAUCCACAAGUCUGUCAAGUAUUUCAGUCAAGGCAACUGGUUGUUCCUUCCAGGACUGGAGCUUAUCUACAUGUGGAAUGGGUUUCAAGUACUUCGACGUCGACCUGAUCUUUCUCGACAUCUACUGAAUCUAGUCAUAACAGAACAACAGAAACUGGAUCAAGAUAAAGAACGCGAGUAUUACAUGGAUGACUGGUGUCUGGGGAAGAUCUUGGAAGGGAUGUGUUAUUUGUGUAUGGGAGAAACUGAAAAAGGCCGAAGAUGCUUGAUAGCUGCUGUGGAAAAGUCUCAAGAUCUUGUUCUUGACAAACAACUUGGAGCAUAUGCCUGUGCUGAAAUAGGAUUUCUUUAUAUGGACCAAGGAAACUAUGUCCAAGCAAAGAAAUAUCUCAAAAGUGCAAGUCAUGAUUACCAAGGGUAUUUUCUGGAAAGUCGUCUUCACUUUCGAAUCCAUUCUGCUCUACACAAGAUCAAGAUAAUCGAAAAGGAACACAAGUUAGCCAUGAAAAAGGUCAAGAAAAACAACAAUACAGUUGAGAACUCAGUAAGUGAUGAUUCUGAAGCUUCUGAGGAUGGGUCAAAUUACAGCACGGCUUCCGAGGGUGGAAAAAGUGACAUGGUUUUUGAUGGGACAGUAGAAGAUUUUGUAGAUGCUCAGACAGAUGAUACAAGAGCAUCUUGCUCUUUGAAUACAGAUGCCGAUGGUCCGAGUCAAGGUGUUGCUAAUAAAAAUGGAAAAUCUGGUACUAAUUCCUUAGGGACAGGUUCAUCAAAACCCAUAGUAUCCCAGAAUCCCUCAAGCCAGAACAACAAUCAACAAGUCCCUAACCUGCUUCUAGAAACUUCUCUUUGAUGUAGUUUUUUUGAAAUUCAACAUUAAUCAUUUUCGAGGAUGAUGUUUGGAAAAAUUUUAUAUAUUUAUCUACAUAUUUAGGCCCCAUCCACACUAUGCCGGAUAAAUUUGAAUCCGAAUUUUUAUUUAUUUGGUUAGACCUACUGUCCACACUAGUCGGGGCGGAUCCGGAACAAUUCUUCACCGAAAACGAAUUUUUUCGAAUACGGUCUCCAGAGUGAAACAAUUUGAAAACGCCGGCUAGCCAUAUUAGUGUGGACGGAGAACAUUUCGUAUCUGAAAUUUUUGGAAUACGAUGACGUGAUGAUUGUCAUGGGAAGAUGGCGAGAAGGCUAUGCAGGCUCAAUUUCAGCUUCAAUGCACAUGCUCAGAUGUGCAAUGAAACGUUUUUGCCACCUCUGAUCGGACUAAUGUGGACGCGAAACAUUUUAUCCGUUUACAUGUGUGGACAGAAAACUUAUUUUUCGGUUUUGGUGUGAAAGUUGCGGGUUCAAAUUUAUCCACCAUAGUGUGGACGGGACCGAAGUUAUUGCUGAUUCAAAGGUUUUGCAAAAUUCAAAUUCAAUAGCUAUUCCCUGACUUUUAUAUACUAUUAUAGUAUAGUUAGGAUAGUAGGCGUGUGCUGAUUGGUCGAAAACUGUGCUUCAUUAUUGAAUGGAGCACAGAAAAAGCUGUUUUAUUUGUUAAAUACAUCAAUAACAUAGUGUUGAUCAUAGUCGUCACAGGAAGGGGAAGGGGCAAAACCUGUUUUCCGAACAUCGGUAAGUUGAGCUAUUAAAGUGACUACAAAGAUGUUCAGGCCUUUAUAUCGUAAGGAUGGGGGGAGGGGUGGUGCAGGUCCUCUUGGCUAUGCCCCUGCAAAUGCUAUGUUAGGCCACUCUUGAGUAAUCACAUGUUGAUCAAUACCUCUCAAUGUCCAAUGUGGCCAGCCAUUGACCAGCGGUUAUAUUUAACCCUGAUUUCCACACAAACUACUUGGAUAAUGCUAAGAUUUAUUAUAUUUUAUUUAUUUAUUCUUAAUUUGAGGUUUUCAAAAAAUCUCAGACACUCCCCAAAAAAGAAAAUAACCUAUUAAAUGAUGCUAGAUAUUGAAA